AUGAAAACAAAUGAAAUAUGUCUUCUUUUAUUUUCUUCAUUAUUUUUUGUAAGUUCUAUAUUUGUUACUGAUAAAGGUUUACGAUGUGAUAGCGGUCGAAUCGGUUGUAUUAUUGGAUGUUUACCAUUACCAUCUGAUACAUUUGAAGCAACAGAUCAAUUAUCAUCAGAAGAUAGUAAAGAUUUACUAAUUUAUUUCGAAAAUAUCUAUUGUUUAUGUGCUAUUUUAUGGUUUAUUUGGUAUGCAUUUCAUCAGCAAAAGUUACAUAAAAUACAGUUUUGCAUUGGUGGUGUUAUUCUUAUCGGUUUAAUUGAAAAAAUAGGAUAUUCUGCUCAAAAUAAUACUGUUAAUCGACAUGGUGUAAUUCUUUCAUGUUUAAAAUCUACUAUAAUACGUAGUUUGUUUAUGAUGAUUGCAUUUGGUUAUGGUAUUGUUGAGCCACCUUUAGGCUUAUCAAAACGAAAAUUAUUUAUUACAGGUAUACUUUAUUUUGUACGAGUUACAAGGGAAGCAUUACUUCGUUUAUAUAUGAAAAAUGAUGAACGAAAUUAUAAAUUAUUAAUAUUACAUUUAAGAAAAAAAUAUUGUUAA